AUGUCUGUAUCAAGAACAUCAGUAACAUUAUUUCAGUGCAAUCAACAUACUCAACAAGAAUUCAAGACUCACAGAAGUGAACUGCCUGAUUUUCUUCUCCGCGCAGAAAUGGGGAUUUUCAGGCUAGACACAAAUGGAUUGCCAGAACUGACCCCAACUUUGGCCCCUGGUGAGACUACUAUUGUGGCGGUCGGCUUUGACGCUACCGAUCUGACGGGAAUAGUUAAACAGAAAGGAAUCGCCGUCAGUGUCCCUUAUGCGUUCACAGUAGACGACGUUCAGAAUGUCGUCCAUGCUGUGCUCUAUGAUUCGUAA